GGACGGCACCGGGAUCGGGACGGGGAGCUUCACCAGGAACGGGACCGGGAUCGGGAGGGGGACAGACACCGGGAGCGACACCGGGAGCGGCCCCACGAUGGGCGGGUGGCGGGACAUGUCCGCGGAGGCGCUGGAGGACCACUACUCCCCCAGUCGCUGGUCCCCCCGCCUGGACCGGGACACCAUCAUCGACGCGCACCUGGCGGUGACGGCGGCAGGAACCGAGCGGGCCCGGGCCAGCGGGCAGACCCUGCUGCACGUCCCCUACGGCGACGGGGACCGGGAGAAGCUGGACAUCUACUUUCCCACGGAGCCUUCCGAAGCCUUCCCGGCGCUGGUCUACAUCCACGGCGGGUACUGGCAGUGCCUGAGUAAGGACGACUCGGGGUUUGCAGCCCCGCCGCUGGUGUCGCAGGGGGUGGCGGUGGUGGCGGUGGGCUAUGACAUCGCCCCCAAGGGCCGCAUGGACACCAUGGUGCUGCAGGUGCGCCGCAGCCUCGCCUUCCUGGUGCAGCACUACCCCGGGAUCAGGGGCAUUUACCUGUGCGGACACUCGGCAGGGGCCCACCUGGCGGCCAUGGUGCUGUCCACAGACUGGACGGAAUUCCAAGUGGUGCCAGAUAUCAAAGGAGCCGUGCUGGUGAGCGGCCUGUAUGACCUGGAGCCCAUCCUGCACACCUACGUGAACGAUGCUCUGAGCAUGAGCCGGGAGGAGGCCCAGAGGAACAGCCCCGUGAGACUCGUCACCCCAGCAGUGCCACCAGCCUGUGAGGUGCUCGUGGCUAUGGCCCAGCACGACUCCCCAGAAUUUCGCAGGCAGUCCCAGGAGUACAGCCAGGCCCUGCGUGCAGCAGGCUGGUCUGUCUCUCUGCUGGACCUGGCUGGCAUGGAUCACUUUGAUGUCAUUGAGAGGCUGUCAGAGGACAGCUACGUCCUCACUCAGGUGAUUCUGAACAUGAUUUCAAGAGCAUGAUGGCACCUCAGCAGUAGAGAGAUGGGGACCAUGGCCCUGUGUGGUGGCAGUGGGCACCUGGCAUCCCCUGCCCUCUGCCCCUCGGUCUAACAGAGCCACGGCUGUCUCAGACCCACACUGUGCCCUCUCUGCUCAGCCCAGCCCAGGCUGGUGCCCCUUCCCUGCAGUGCCCCUGCCCACUGGGGCAGAGGGGACUGAGGCUCUGACUGGGCAGCUGGACCAUGAACGUUGAUCCCUCAGCGUCCUUUAAACGGCACAUUGGCAAUACAAAUAAAAUGGGAAUUACUGCUGCCUGGGGUGGUGCUUCCCAGGGAGGC